AUGAAAUCCAAUGCAUCGUCAAAUGUACACGGCAAUGUUCAUGCACUUCGAAAUAUGUGGACUUCAAAAGCACAAGAAGAAGAAAAACCAAAACGACCAGCAUUGGCUCCAUCUUAUCCACAUUCGGAACAACAGCAAAAACAAUCACUGAAACGUAACAUACCAACUUUGAAAAUUACGAAUGAGACAACUACUAUUGCAACAACAAAAAAAGAACCACCAAUCACAUUUAACAAUUAUAGACCAACUAUUUUUGAAUCGACAUCGGUGGAAAAAGUAUCGUCGAUUGAAGAGAAGAUUUCUUUAUCAAAUCUUUCAUCCCAAUCUUCAAUCAUUUUAAAACAUCAAACUCAAUCGAAGACAGCUCUCGAACAAUCUUCUAUGAAAAUGGCUACAGCUAAUAACAAAAUACACAAUAUUCUUCGUAAAAAUCCGAAAACUAAGAGUAUUCGUAAUUGGCAAAUAACUCGACUUGUUUUUCGUAGUGGUCUUGCACUUAAUAAAGCAAGACGAGCAUCAGAUACUAUUGUGCCAUUAUUAAUUAAAACGUACAAAAUUAGCCAUCUUUCUCGUGCAGAUAGUACGGAUAGUAUCCUUAGUCAACAACCUUUUGAAAAUUUUAUUGAUUAUGUCACUCAUAACACAGAAUAUCACAACGAUGCUUCACCUGUACCACAAAGAAUCAAACGCUCGGCAUCGUAUACAAGUUCUUGUAUGCGUCGAAAUAAACUUGAUGAAUCAGUUUUUCAGUAUGAAAUGAUACUUCGUCAUUUAAAAAAUUAUGAUGAGUUUGCGUCAACAUAUCCUUUACCAUCAUCAGAUUCAUUAAUAUCUUCGAAACAACGACAAAAAUCAUUUGAUCUUGAGCAAAUCAAGAAGAAAAAUGAAGAAGAAAAAGAAAAAGAAAAAUUUCGUGAUACAACAUUGGUUUCAAAACGACAAACACAGUCAUUAUCAAGAAAUAUUGGACGUACAUUUUCUGAAUUUAUAAUGAAUGAUCUUUUGUUAACACCACCAUUGAAAAAAUCACCUAAUGAACAACAAUCUUUAAAUGUUUCUCAUGCUUCAUCGCAAACAGAUUUAUCUGACCCAGUUCAUAUAAUUGACGAACAACCAAAAUUAUCUGAAAAAAUUCAUAGUAUUAAUGAUCAAACAAAUAAUUCUUCUGAAAUAGUUCCUAAUUCUGAAACGGAUCGAAAGAAUGCCAUAACAAAUAACGAAGAAAGCGUAGUUUUAAAUGAAUUUGAUACUAUGCUUAAUAAUAACGAUCAACAAACAUCAAUAACACCUAAUAGUCAAAUCAAUGUUAUUGUUGUCAAUUUACCUGAUUUGCCAAAAAAAGAGAAAACAGCAUCAACAGAAAAACCACUUAUGCAACGUUUAUUUGAAGGAAAAAAGACUGCAUAUAGCCCAGAUGAUCUUAAUAUGGAAUCAAUUCGAUUACCUGAAGAAAUGAUGGCAACAUAUGAGAUUGCAUUAAAAAAGUGUUUUUUUGACACGGAAAAACCGAUUUAUACAACAAAAAUGAUAAAAAUUAGUCGUCGAGGAUAUACACAACAUAUUCGAAUACUUUGUAUCACCAAUGAACGUUUAUAUAAUAUAACAAAAAAAAACCCAUAUCCUAAGGAAGGCAUAUUUUUUAAUAAUAUAGUGGGUAUUACUUGUACGCCAUAUAAAGAUGGUUUUAUUUGUAUUCAUACAAAAGAAACAUAUGAAGAUCGAGGUGAUUGGCUUGUUGUUGUUGAUCAUCCAUGUGAAUUUAUUACACAAUUAUUUAUGACUAUGAAACGCGAUAAUAACUCUGAUAGUUUUCUCAAAUUUGCAUCACAGUAA